GAAGCAUUCAAGCUGCUUCCCCGAUGUCCUCAGAACUUCGACGACGGCGCAUACUUCCACCUGUCACUUUGGUCAAGCUGACCUGGCCGUCCUUCUAUUUCUAUGUCAUCGCUAGUCACAACUGCAAUUUCCACCAAUUCUUGCACAUAAAAGGGCCAACAUUUCUUCAGUAUGCAAAGACGCUCCUCAGCGCGCAUUGCCGGGAAGUCCUCCCAGGACUCCUCUGCUCCUCCUCAGCCAAAGCCAUCGCCCGCGACUAAUAAACGCAAGAAUGGAUCAAGCGGCACAUCCCCAACCGCAAAGCGUGGGAAGAAGGGUGCUGAGCCUGAACAGAAGACUAUAGAGGAGACUAUGCAGAAUGGCGGUGCCAACGAAGCUGAUCAGGAGGAACCUGUGCCGACCAACGCCGAGCAACAUACUAGUCAGGAUCCUGCUCCAGAGCCUGAAAAGGAGGAAGAGAAGCCCGCGGCUGAGGACGAACCAACCGACGCUAAGAAAGAAGAUGAGAAGCAAGAGGCUGAGCCACAGGCUGAAUCGGAUACUAAGAUGACCAAUGCGAGUGAAGAGCAACAAGAGGACAAAGAAGAACCAAAGAAAGAAGCAGAGCCCGAACCAGCGAUUGAGAAGCAAGAUGAAAAGCCUGCCGCGACGAACGGGGACGCCGUUGAGGCAGGCGCCCGUGAGGAUGAUGAUGUCGCAUCUAGUAUCCUCGAGAAGGGCAUCAUCUACUUCUUCUUCCGAGCCAGGGUCAAUGUGGAGGAUCCUCAAGAUGUCAAUGACAUUGCUCGAACAUACAUGGUAUUGCGACCCAUUCCUCUGGACGCGAAGAUCGGCGAUGGUCCCAUCGGUGAUCAGGGCAACUGCAGACUGUUGGCACUGCCUAAGAAAGUCCUUCCAGUCAGUGGCAAAGACAAAUUUCUUGCGUUUGUUGAGAAGGCCAAAACCAGCUUUGAUGACUUGAAAACAUCCUUCUUGCAGGGGUCCGAGUAUGAGACCAAGACGGCCGGAACCAGCCAUUCACCUCCAGUAACUCCCCUUGCCGAGGGAGUAUACGCAAUCACAUCUACUGGUCGCGAAUCACAUCUUGCCUAUAUCAUCAAUAUUCCAAGCGAGCUUGGAGAGGUGCAGAAAGACCUGGGCUUACAAGAACGCGGAAGCUUUGCGGCCAGCGUCAAAAAUCCAACAAAACCGUCUCCUAACAAUGCAAGCCUUCCCAAAGGCCCAGAGUACCCACAAGAAGUUCUCGACGAGUUCCGAAGUCUGCGCUGGAAGCCCUUGGAGCCAAAAUUGCUAGACUACGACAACGCGCAAUUCCUGUUGAUCGGCGAGUCUGCUGACAAGGCACUCGAGCAGCGGCCCAAGGAUGAGCGAGAAGGCAAUGCUCCUCCACAAGAAGAAAUGGAAAAGUUAGAGGACGAGGAUGAGAUCAGAAUCAAACAUUUGAAAGGAGAUGACUCUGUCUUUGUGGACCUUGGUAUCACAGCGAAAGACUUUCCCAAGGUGCCAUCGACAUGGUAAAUAUGAUUAUUUCCCGUGAGGCGGCUUGUGUACAUAUAUGUUUUUCAUUCGCUUGAUGUGUUCAGACGCCCGAUAAAUCGGUUCCCAAAAGUUUGCAGCUGUAUGUAGUAUGAUAUAAAAGUCGUGUACGAGGUGUAUGUUUGAUUCCUAUACCUCGGUCGAUUUCCAUAAGCCGCUCCAAUUCUGAGCAGUGUUCUCCAUUCAUCGAGAACCUCCACUCCACAGUUUGGGGUUCACAGUGGGGCUUGUUGAUGGUAUAUAAGAACACUAAGAGAUACCAGGACGGCCACUGUCCGGUCGACG